AUGAAUCCAAUAGCUUACAAGAGGUGUGUGAGCCGUGUUCUUGCUAACCCCGUACUGCUGUCAGGUGUUCGCCUCGGUAAAAGAGUUAAACUCUUCCAGGCAAUGCAAUAUCUGAAACAUCCGUGUGACAUUAAUACCUUAGCUUCGGAAUUACAUCUAAAAGAACCCUACCUGAAGGAGUUGAUACAUUCCUAUGUCUCGUCUGAGGUGAUGACACUGACCCCGGAUAAGAAGAUAAUAGUUCCAGACUGGACAAUCUUUAAGGAGGCGUUUCUUGACCCAGAGUUAACAUAUCUGAGACCUUUUGAAAAAGUGGCACCGAUCCUUGAGAAAUGUUUUGAAGAGAAUGGUCCUGCUGGCUACACUCAUGAUGAGGCGCCUUACGUUUUGGACUAUGUCAGAACUCUCCGACAAAAUUACAACAUCCCGCUGGCUAUGGAACUGUCGCAGCUCAUCUCUGUUCAUGCAGAUUCCUACACAGACAUCCUUGAUGUUGGAUGUGGGACUGGAGAUCUUACAAUCCCGUUAGCAUCAACACUCGGAUCGUCCUCAGUGUACGGCUGUGAUAUAUCAGUAAAAGCUAUUACAGCCGCCAAUAUGGCGUCCUAUAAAGUCGACAACGUCAGCUUCGGUAUCGAAGAUAUACACAAUUUACCAAAGUCUUGGGGCGGGAAAUACAACGUCAUUUUAAUGUUUGACGUCCUUCAUGAUCUGCAGUAUCCAGAAAAAGCUAUGAAGCAGUUACUGAAUGUACUAAAGAAGGAUGGAAUUCUCAUCAUUGUCGAUCCGAAAGUAAGCAGCGACCCGCGCAAAAAUAUCGGUAACAUUCAAGCUGCACAAGCACUUACACUGAGCACGUGGUGGUGUGUUCCCAGCAGCUCCUGUGAUCAUGGUUCGGGUAAUGGCGUGGGCUGGGGUUGGGAGAACAAGGAGGUAUUUCUCAGGAAUAUGGGUUUGAAUGUCAGAAGCCGUGUCUGUCUCAUCAAAAGCGACUACAACUAUGCUUACGUAUGUAGAAGGAAGUAG